GAAGAGCAAAACUGCCGUUUCCAGCAUCAUCACCUUUAAUCCUCCAUCGUUCUCGCUCACACCAGCGCACCCAGAUCCGGGAUUUGCCCUCGUUUCUCCUCCAGGAGUUCAGGUCCGACGCCAGCAGUAUGUCCGAAAAAAGUGAGCUGAAAGCAGAGCUGGAAAGGAAGAAACAACGGAUUGCCCAGAUUCGAGAAGAGAAGAAGAGAAAAGAAGAGGAGAAGAAAAAGAAGGAUGGCAACUCAAAGCGCGGUGGGGAGGGCGGUGGAAGCUCAGCCGGCCCCGAAGACUCGAUCCUGGAGAGGAAGAGGAGGGAGGCUGAGGCUUUAUUACAGAGCGUGGGCAUCACCCCUGAUGUACCCCACAUCCCCGCCCCCAUGUCUCCUUCCAACAAAUCAGUGGGCAGCGAUGCAGGAAGCCAGGAUUCUGGGGAAGGAAACGCAGGACCCAGGCGUGGACCUCUGAGGCUGUGUAUGUCCAAAGUCACCCAGGUGGACUUUCUCCCUAAAGAGAUGGUUUCUUACUCCAAAGAAACACAGACGCCAACCGAGACAGUGACUGAGCCCCAGCAGAAAGCAGAGGAGGGAGAGGACGAGGAAAUAGCCGAGCCGCUGCCAGUCGAGAACACCGCGAAGGAGGAGCAAGAGGAGCAGGAGGAGGAGGACGACACUCCCAAGGAGCUGACAGAAGAGGAGAGGCUGCAGCUCUUGCACUCGGAGGAGUUCCUGUCGUUUUUCGAGCGGGGGACUCGGAUUGUGGAGCGAGCCCUGGCCGAGCGCGUGGAUGUCUGCUUCGACUACAGUGGCAGAGACCUGGAGGAUAAGGAGGGUGAGAUGCAGGCGGGGGCUAAGCUGGUCCUGAACAGACAGUUUUCAGACGAGUGCUGGACGAAGAACAGAGUGGUCACCUGUCUUGACUGGUGCCCCCAGUACCCAGAGCUGGUUGUGGCAUCCUACAACAACAACGAGGACGCUCCCAACGAACCUGACGGUGUGGCGCUGGUGUGGAACUUGAAGUACAAGAAGAACACACCUGAGUACACCUUCCACUGUCAGUCGGAGGUGAUGUCAGUAGGGUUUGCCAACUUCCACCCAAACCUGGUGGUGGGCGGGACUUACUCUGGACAGAUUGCCCUGUGGGACAACAGGAGCAACAAACGCACCCCUGUCCAGAGGACGCCUCUGUCUGCAGCUGCACACACGCAUCCAGUUUACUGUGUGAAUAUCGUGGGAACGCAGAACGCUCACAACCUGAUCAGCAUCUCCACCGACGGCAAGAUGUGUUCCUGGAGCCUCGACAUGCUCUCCCAGCCACAGGAGAGUCUGGAGCUGGUGUUCAAACAGAGCAAGUCGGUGGCUGUCACCUCCAUGGCCUUCCCCCUCGCGGACGUUAACAACUUUGUGGUGGGCAGUGAGGACGGUUCCGUCUACACCGCCUCCCGCCACGGAAGUAAGGCUGGUAUCACUGACGUGUUUGAGGGUCACCAUGGCCCGGUGACCGGCCUGAGCUGUCACAACGCCGCGGGACCCGUGGACUUCUCUGAUCUGUUCAUCUCCUCCUCCUUUGAUUGGACCAUCAAACUGUGGAGCUCCAAGAACACUCGUCCGUUGUACUCAUUCGAGGACAGCUGUGAUUACAUCUACGAUGCAAUGUGGUCUCCCACACACCCUGCCCUGUUCGCCUGUGUGGACCUGUCGGGACAUCUGGACCUCUGGAACCUCAACAGUGAUACUGAAGUACCCACUGCCAGUGUGUGUGUCGACGGGGGUCCGGCCGUGAACCGUGUGAAGUGGGCUCACUCUGGUAAAGAGAUCGCCACCGGGGACUCGGAGGGCCGGGUGCAGGUCUACGAUGUCGGAGAGCAAAUCUGCGUGCCCCGGGCCGACGAGUGGACGCGGUUUGUCCGGACGCUGGCGGAGAUCAAGGAGAACCGAGAGGAGGCGGAGGAGCUGGCCAUCUAAAGGUCAACGGGACGGCUUCGAAAAACACACGACCCGAA